GUUUCUUUUCUCAGAAUAGCCUGUAAGGCAAGGACUAGUUUCACUUUCACCUAUACUACUUCACAGGUAUGGACACGUAGGACAGAAAUGCCACAGUAAGACUAUUAUCCCAAGAAGAACUGUAUUUGGCUUGAUCCAACUUACAUUUGCUAUUAUGGCAGAAACUGUGAAAGAAGAAGUAGACGAAGCAAAUGAGGUUAAUGACCUUCCAGAAUGGCAUGAGGAUGCAAAAGAGAGUUUAAAAAAUGGUGGAGAACAUAUGGAAAGCCCAGUCAAGCAGAAGAGCACUGGACUUAUGAAGUCAUUCAGAGCAAGUUUAAAAAAAGUGGCCAGCCCUAUGAAAAACAAAAAGCCAGAGAAUACAAACAACGGACAAAGCCAGAUCUCAAAUGCUCAGUUACAACCGCUGCACUCUCCAAGCUUGAUCACAGGAUCUCCAGGACAAUCUUCCUUUCGAAGUCCAAGGACAGAAAAACCUCCUCUUACCAGAACUAUGUCAGAUUCUGAUGUUAUAACACUGCAAAAGAAGGGCUCAUCGAUCAGGCGGAGUUUGGGUCUGAGUAAAAAACCCAAACAGGAACCACUUGUCACUGUCACAGAAGCCAUGCCUCUAUCAGAAGAGCCAAAACCCGAGGUUGCUGAUGAAUGUGAAGGCCAGAUGGUGUUGGAGCUCAGAGACACAUAUGUUCUGCCGGAGAUCCCAGCAAUGCCUUUGUCAGUUAUGGAGAUUAACAAACUGAUAGAGAUGGAAGUUUUAGAAGAGGCCUAUGUGAAUCUACUCUCUCUACGCCUGGAGCUUCAGCAACAGCGUAAAUCUCAGAAUCAAGAAGACUGUCCGAUUGAACUCGUCCAUAAAGAGAAAGAUCUCAGUUUGCUUUAUGGUACACUACGGAAUAAAAUGUCUGACAUUGUACGCAACUCAAGUACUCUGCCUUCUCGCAAUAAAGAACUGCUGGUGUAUGUAGCAUACAUUAUCCUUGAGGAGGAGAAGAGGCAGGAUGAGCCAGGAGCGAUGCAGGGAUGGAGGGAAUCGUGGAGGGUUGCGGUACGGGAUGGUGUUCGAGAUACACUGAAGAGAGUUCACUUGGACACCCGUGAGCAGAACAUUUCCUGGCUGGCAGUGCACCUGGGGCUUCUGGGUAAAGCUAUACUGGAGGAUUUGGAAAGAGUGAAGACUGAACUUGUGAGCUCGUAUCCGCCAGAAUUUAAUGUGUUUGAAACAUAUGUUUCCUGCCAUCAUGAGGCUGUAGGAGAACAUUUGAAGACACUUCUGGAAAAAGUGACAGAGCUGAAGGAUUACUACGCUCUUCUAGAUUUCAUUAUUCAUCGCUACCCCAGUGAGAAGAUAAUGGGAAGUACCUCUCUGCAGCCAGAGGUGAAGGAAGAUAAUAGAGCUCUCCCACUGGACAAUGAUUUCCUUAAUCAGAUCAAAAUGAAAUACUGCAGUCGCUUACAGGUUGAUAUGCGAACAUCACUUGACAGGGUUAUUGAGUUGGAGAAUGAGGAAAUUUGGAAGGAAAGAAGAAAACCAGAGAUUGAUGAGGGAAUUUACAGCUCACACAUUGACAUGGACAUCUGGACGAAUAUUAAAGGGCACGUUCAAGGGUCUAGAAGAAUCGAUGUGACCCUGGAGAAGGAGGUUGUGCGGUCCUGUUUGGAUGAACUGAAGAGCUUUCCAAAAAGGUUUGAAUCAGCGUUUGUGGAGUCCUGCAGGGUUUUCUCGAACUCUUCUCUCUGGGCAGAGUAUCACAUCAGCUACAUCAACAGCUUCAGUGAUUUAAAAGAGCACAUGGAAGGCUAUAAGCAAAGCUGUCAGAUUCAGCUAGAGCAGGUUCGAAAAGAAAUAGACGGACUGACCACCAGACUGAGACAGACUCUGAUGGAGCAGUUCAAAACAGAUGUCAAGCCCUUCCUCAGGAGACAGAUGACAGGGAAAUGGUUUUCAUUUGAUGAAGACUUUUCACAGCUCGCCACCAGAAUCAAGAGUCUUUCUGAGCAGAGCAAAUACAUGAGUCCAAAAUAUAGACAGGCCUUUGUGAAUGAAGUUCACUUUUUCGUGGUGAAGGAAUACGUGUCUCAGCUGAUGAAGAAUAACUACUCGUGCAAAAACAGGAAGAACGAGACGGCUGCAGCUAAAAUCACAAAACAGUGGGAGGAACUGAAAGAGAUUUUCCAAGAUAUGCAUUCUACAUUAGAUUGGCUCCAUUCAGUUGGGAACCAUCUGAGUCAGAUCAUUGGGUGCAAAAAAAGUGAUGUAAAACACAACCUAAAGCCACUGGUUGAGAACUAUCCUGACAUCAGAAGGAGCCAUCUCUCUGCAGUGCUGUAUUUUCGAGGAAUAAUAAGAGGCAGGGAAAAGCACGUUAUCUUACAGCGACUGGCAGAGCUGAAACAGAGCUUGGGGAGUUCUGGGAAUAAAGAGCAAGCUCUCUUUAGUGAGAUUCAAGCUUCAGCAAACACAGACUGUCUGGCAGGUACUCCCUUCUCCUGUCUGUCCUUCAUCAUGCCAGACAGAUAAUCGUAAGAAAUACACUUCAAUAGAAGUGGGAGAAAUGAUUGCAAUGUUUAAUAAUGAACCUAUGUUAUAUAAUUUGAGCAUUAGGUAGUGUUUUCAUGCCUCUGUUAAUGCUUAAUAGACUUAUAUUCUUUGCAUUAGUCUGUGUAUUAUCAUUCUGUAUGGCAUCUACAUAUUUAUUAAUGAGAAUCAGAUUUUAAUCUUCAAAAAUUUUGUUACAGGAGUGAAUGAGUUAAACUGGUGUAUGUUCACCAGUUUCUGGUGUACUUCAGAAAUGCUUGUUAUUAGCGACACCGGUGGCCAUUAAGUGAACUGCAUCGGAUAACCCUUGCUUUUUAGUUAUAUCCAGGCCCGGCCCUAACCAAUUUGGCGCCCUGGGCAAGAUUUCAGGUGGCGCCCCGUCACAUUGCAGUAAAUUCCACUGCUAGUGUAAAGUCAAAAGAAACUAAACAUCUUUUUGAUCAACUACUACAAGCUGGGAAAACGUCAGAUAAAUAUGCCAAUGCAAUUAACAUUAUUGCUGAAUAGAUCU